UUUUGUUUGUCAGCUGAAAAACGGCUACCGCAACUUAACUUGGAAAUUUCUUAUUCCAAAAAAAAAAAAAAUAAAUCAAAUUCGUUGAAUAAAAACCAAUAAAAAUGGGAAAAGUAGCCUCGAAAAUUACUCGGCAUAUAAAUCGUUUUAAUGUAGAAAAUAGAGCCCAUCGAGUUUUAGAUCGUGACAAGCCAACAGCUGCACCCAAAUUCGAUUCGAACAUUCAGGAUUUGCAAAGAGCCUUGGAACUUGAUCCGAAAUUGGUUGAAAAACUCAACAAAAAGGAUUCUCAUUUGGAUGACCGGUUGAAAAAUGUUUAUGUAACCUCAGAGGAUCGUUACAUUGACCAUGUAAAGAUCAAGAGAGAAAGUGAUGAGAGAACUCUACCGCUUGAUAGAAAGAUUGUCCAAGAUUUCGAAUAUGGUUACAAAGAACCCGUUCGAGUGACACCAGGACGUUGCACUCUGCGAACUGCAAUGAAAUUCAUCACAGAUCAUCAAGGUGAACCAGAUUUGUGGACAACAAAGAAAAUUGCCGAUGAAUACAAAAUUAAGGAAGAAACUGUUGGAAAAAUUCUAUACUUCUUCAAGAGCUUCCAAAUCUAUAUACCUGACAUCAACAGCAAAGACAACAUCCUAACACAAGCGAAUCCCAAUUUGAUUGAUGAGAAAAAAGAAAAGGAGAAUGAGAGUGAGAAUGAAAAAGAAAAAGGCAAAGAACGAACGUGAAUCUAAUCAUCUUAAAUAGUCACAAAUGAA